AUGCCACUCUCCGCUGAAAACAGUUGGCCAGCAGGUCUGCUCAAGAUCUUCGAAAUCUGCCGCGACAAGAACAAGCCUCUGGAAAGUCGCUACUAUGGACCAUACGACAAGCUCCUCAACUACUGCUUUGGGGAAUCUUUCACUUUCUUCGCCGCGCCGCAGAAGCUUCCUACUAGCGACAAUGCCGCGAGGGAUGCCCUCGACUUCACCUUCUUGAUCGUAUUCGAUGCAGGCCGCCGACCCGUUCUCAUCGCCCAGAUUAAAGACAACAGCUGGGCAAACAACGCUGGUCUUCGCCUUGAAGCGGAUGAACAGCUUCGGCGCCUGUACAGCACCAUGCUCGACACUUGUCCUCUUCCUCGCCUGUGGGGCAUGAGCUUGCUCGGGACUUCAGCCCGCGUUUAUUUGAUUCAAUCCACCAUGUUCAACAGUUACAUCCACUUUACACGGCCGAAGGAUAUUGCGAGAGAGAGGUUGCAUCGGCGAUCGCUAGCUUCUGCUUUGGAGUUUGUGGAUGACAUCGAAUUCAAGCAGCUUGCAGAGCGCGCAGGACGCUUCAACAUCAUCCCCAAGGCUGCUCGAACCAACGACAGGAAGCGGCCUGCAGAGACAAUCGAUCCUGAAGCCUUGAGGAGGAGCUGGAGAGGAGGAGGAAACGCGUUGAACGCUUUGGCUUCGCCGUACGUCCUCACCGGCCCCAUUCCUCAUCCUUACCCCGUUCUACCAUAUCAUUUGUCGCCGACUAUGUCGUACGUCAGGAAGACCACCGACAUGGGCUGGCCUCAGGAAGACGCACUCUGGAUCUACACCGUAUUACCUGAGCCCAAACUAUCCGCAGAACUUCAGCGACAGUCUCGUGCGAGCUCUGUUAGCGACACCGACGUCCUCUCGUUUCAACCAUGCCCGAAUCCCGACCACUACAACCAAGACCGCGCCAGGAUCUUGGACUGGUCGUUGCCCGGCGGCACUUGGUUCUUUCGUGGAGUCUUUGACGGCCACGCAGGCCACGAGACAGUAGAUUACACAGCAGCCAAAUUGCCCAAGAUUAUCAAAGGCGAGCUGACUGCGAUACUCGAGAAGGACACGCAACCAGAGCCUUCGGUCAUAAGUGACGCGUUGACGCGCGCCAUAUCCUCUUUCGAUGAAAGCAUCGGCAAAGCUGUUCUUGAUCUCUUUCCCGACCAAGCAGCACUGUCAAACAUGAGCGACGCCGAAAUUCGACAGAUUGUCAACGACAAAGGCCCCAACUCCGCAACCGUAUUACGCUGCGUCCGCGGUUCCACCGUCCUUAUCUCACUUACCGACCCAUCAAAGUCGAAUGUGUGGGUGGCGAGUUUGGGCGACUGCGCCGCAGUACUUGGGACGCGAGAGGGUGGCGAGUGGAAGACGAGGGUGCUCAGCACUGCGCAUAAUGGCGAAAACGCGGCCGAAGCUGAGAGGGUCAGGAGCGAACAUCCAGGAGAGGCAGCAUGCAUCCUUGACGAUCGCGUUUUAGGUGCCAUCGCGGUCACGCGAGCCAUCGGAGAUUUCAGCUUCAAGCUCCCUGCAAUUUACACCUCACGCGUCUUUCUAAACUCACAUCCUGGAUUCGUGAUACCUGAAAAAGUUCGCAUUUUCACGCGGCGGAAUUUGACCCCUCCCUACAUGUCGGGUGUGCCAGAUAUAAAACACGUCCACCUCCCAUCGUUGGAUUCCGAUGCCGCGUUUCUGAUAAUGUGCACGGAUGGUAUGAUGGAUCUGGACGAGACAAACCGGCUGAAGCUCGAGCAGGUCUUGUCGAAGCGAUGGGUGAAUUAUGUGGGAUCCAACUUCGACCAGAAGAAGAAUCUGGCGCUUGGGCUGCUAAGAGAAGCGCUAGGAGGGGACGAUAUCGAGAAGGUGUCGCGCAUGCUCACAGUCGAGAUGGAAUUUAGGUGGAUGGACGAUACGACCAUCCUUGUCCAUCGUCUGCAGGGCUGA